AUGACCACCGAAGCCAAAAUCAAAUUGAAGGCCGUCGUCUAUUGGGAACUCGUCUUCGACUAUGACAACUCCAGCAACACAGGCGAAAUCACCCAGUCCUACACCGUGAAGAUAUCCCAGACGUCCACUCGCAGCACGUUUGCCUCGGAAGUGUCGACCACGACAAUCGACACCCUGACGAAGAACAACCAAGAAGUUGACGUCGGAGCAUCCUAUGGCGCCAUUUCAGCCAACGUGUCGGCGUCUUGGGAGCAUUCCGAAGAGGUUAACAAUAUGCUUGAGAAAACAACGCAGACAUCGACCGAGGAUACCUACACUGUCGAAACUGAGGAGACCCGCUCUUACACCAUUGGUCCUGGAGGGAUGCUUAGCCUUUUCCAGAAGCACUUCUCUGGGCCUGGAAUGCACGUCGCUUUUGAUGUCUUUACCACUGACUUGGAGCUGGCGAAAGAGCGCACCGAAAUCGACAUCGAUGUCGAUGUCGAGGCCAUCCGCUUUGUCAGGGAGAUCAGGGUCGUUUACACGGAUAUCAUGUCCGAGGCCCCGGGCGACCACGUCCGCGAGAUCAAUGGGAAGAAUCCCGACAUCAACUAUGGCUUCAACGGCAAAUUUGUCUGGCUUGUCCCGGAACAGACCCGAAAGACUGCGCAGGCGUUAACCAACGUUGAAUUUGUCAGUCAGGCCGAGUCGGAUGACAGGUACUGGGACCUUGCUGCAGGCGCGGGUGGCAGUAACCGAUACCUCAUCCCCGUGUACGACACGAACAACAAGGACAAGAUCUACGAAUUGGCCCUCUGGCGCUCAGACUCAUACAUUACUCAUGACAAAGUCAAAGCCGCGGGCUGGUCGGGUACCACUGGCGAUAUCAACAGUGGCCGCGGUGGCACCUACCUCAACUUGGUCUGGAAGACGCGCCACGCCUACUAGGUGGCACACCUCAAGUCACCUCGCUGUCGCCUACGCCUAUCUACAGUUGUUUGCAAAUGCAGUAACUCCAUACAUAUCCUUUGUACGGCUUGAGAACGUUGCACGGACCUGUGUCUCUUUGAAUCUAUGGCAUACCUUGUCCUCGAUC